GCUCAUUCCGUGUCCCACUCAACAGAAGAAGAAGACAUUCGGAUGUUAUGGAGGCAAUGAAAGGAAACUCUUCUGUCAUCUAAAGUUUAUUUAAUGAGCUUUACUGAGAGUUAUCUUCUCCUUCAUGUAGAAACAGAUUUAUAUGAUUUCUCUGAGACUUCAUGGAGACUAAAGUUCCUGCUGUGGUGAACCCUCCUUAUGGACACGUUCUAACCAAGGAGAGGUGGAGGAACUCUCUGCUGGUUCAGAGCUUAAAGGGUGCAGGUGUGAAACUCCUCUUUGAGAACGAGCUCGGCGUUGCAGAUUUCCACCUGCCCAACAAAAGCUGCAUCCUCUACGUGUCAGAGUGCGACAUGGUGGCGGGGAACAGCUACAAGAGGAAACUGGUCCGCUACAGAAAUAGCAGCAGCAGUUUCCAGGAGCUGGUGCUGGUGGAGAACACCCGGCUCAGUGAGCAGUACUUCCCCGCCGUGCAGAAGUUUGUGGUGUUUGACCUCGGCCUGACUCUGCUGCCGGUGAGCGGGCAGGCCGAGGCCUCGCAGCUCAUCGCUCAGACGGUCCACGGGGGGGGCAGGGAGAACCCCUUCAGGAGGAGAACUUCUUCCCGGCUGUUGGACCCGCUCGUCCUCGCUCUGGUGCAGCAGGUCCCCGGGGUCGGCAGGGUCAAAGCUCUGGCCCUGCUGCAGCACUUCUCCAGCCUUCAGCAGCUCUGCAACGCCGCCCCCGCCGAGCUGGAGCCCAUCGUGGGUCAAGCUGCGGCUCAGCAGAUCCACGGCUUCUUUCACAAAGCGUCCUGAAGGCUCGGCUCCGGGUCUGGUUUUGACCGGGAAGGUUCCAGAUGUAACUUCAUAGUGUUUCUACGCUUUAAGAAACAAUGAGAUUUCUGCUGACUGUGUGGGCGGCCAUGGUUUAAAGACAUUUCCCACACUAACACGGAGCAACAUGCUGACUUAGCUGAUAAAAGAGAGCUGGUUUAGGUCUUUGGAUUUGUCUGCUUGUGAUUUUGUUUUUAUUUGUACUCUGCACUUUUGUAUCUGUAAUAAAUGAAAAUCAGUUGUUCA